AUGUACGCCAGAUAUAUACCUCCCCCUAAGGGCGGAAGCAACUCGAAUGCUUCUCCUUCUCAAUCAUCCUCAAAAAUUACAAACAGUCCUGCUCCUACUCCUGCAGCGAAUGCUUUCGGAGUUUCGCGAUACGUCCCUCCGAGCGCAAAGCCCGUAGCUCAAUCCAAGCAAAUACAGACUCCUCAAGUCCAAUACUUUGAUGACGCACCGCCCACAAAUACCAAGCGCAAAUUAGAUACUUCAGAUGAGAGCAAAGGAAUACCAGGUCCUGAUAGCAAGAAGCCCAAGACAGAAGAACCAACUGCACAAAAGGAUGGAGAAGAUGCGCCGAAAAAGAAGAAGAAAGUCAGAAGAGGCAAGCGAAGAACUGGAGCUACCAAUGACGAUCGCGACGAUGACGACAUCAAGCCCGCGCAAGAGGCUCCCGAGGCCAAAUCCAAGGAAGCAGACGCAACGCCCGAAGAGAGCCAGACUUUAGACGAAGAUUCUGCAAAGGACAAGAAAAAGCCGAAACGAGAAGUAAAGGAAAAAAAACAGAAGAGGAAGAGGAAGUCACAGAAUGGAGAGCAAGAAUCAAAAGUUCCUCACAAACCUGUUCCCGACGAAGAUCGCAACGAGGAUGUAUCCAUGACCGAUGCAGCAGAACCCAUUGAGAAUAUAUCUGAACCUACCGAACCAGCAGCAGACGAGGAAGAUAAAAGACGGACGCGCAGAGAAAAGAAAAAGAAGGAAAAGGAAACUGAGCCAGCUGAGGAACAAGAAGAUGAACCACAGACAAACCAGCGCCACAAGACGGUCAUGAGCAAGCUGGAAAAGUCUCUUAAGCUUGCCAGUGAACUGCCCGCGGACGAACAAGAUAAAGAGGAUCGGGGCGAAUUACAUGGCCUCGAGCCUUUGCCUCAACCAGAGCCGGUUAGCUCUCUGACAACCUCAAAGCCGAACUACAAGAUUCUACCCUCUUGGCUUGAAGAUCCUAUUCGGGUCUCUCAAGACACGCGCACGCCCUUCGCUGAACUGGAUAUCAUACCCAAGGCUUGUCGAGUGUUAGAGGAGAAGGGGUUCCGAGAUGCCUUCGCUGUGCAGACUGCCGCAAUCCCUCUCCUGCUGCCAACAAGCAAGCAACGCGGAGAUGUGCUUAUAUCUGCUGCGACCGGUUCUGGUAAGACGCUGGCUUAUGCCCUGCCUGUUGUACGGGAUAUCAGCCAAGGAUGCCUCACGAGGCUGCGUGCGCUAGUAGUGCUACCAACCCGAGAACUGGUCAAGCAAGCUCAAGAGACGUUUGAGCUAUGCGCUAGGGCAUUCGAUGGUGGUGAUCGAAAAAGAGUGCGAGUGGGCAUCUCCAUUGGUAGCCAGUCGCUUGAGGCCGAGCAGAAAGCCUUUAUGGAUCAGGAACUUCGAUACGACCCUGAUACAUACAAGAAGCUAAAAGAAGAGACACAACGUCGAAACCAGCUGAAGUGGGGCCUUUCGGCAUCAGAAAAUCUCCAAGAUCUUGACAUGGAGGACACAGACCCUCAAUUAAGCCACAUGAACGGAUAUGUGGUUGAUUAUCUUUCCAAGAUAGAUGUUCUGAUAUGCACUCCUGGACGACUGGUUGAGCAUAUGGAGCAAACGAGGGGCUUCAGCCUGGAUUACGUUCGAUGGCUGGUAGUUGAUGAGGCGGAUAAGCUACUUGCUCAGAGCUUCCAAGGCUGGCUUGACCUCGUUAUGGAACAGUUCCGCAUCAAUAAGUUUACCGCACGAGACUUCCAUGACAUGGACUUUUCUGGUGUUCGUAAGGUCAUUCUGAGUGCCACGCUCACGAGAGAUCUGAGUCUUCUCAGCCAAUUGGGUCUGCAAAGACCACGGCUGAUUGUCCUGGAGAGCGAUGGCGAUAUCCAGAUUGCUGAGCAUUCUCUGCCCUUAUCGUUGAAAGAGCAUGCGAUCAGAGUGCACGACACCAAUCUCAAGCCCCUCUACUUGCUUGAUCUACUCCGCAGUCAGGACAUGCUCAUGGCAAGCCCUAACAAGGGCGAAGAUGAACCCAAGGCCGAAGAAGCUGAAGAUUCGGAUACUAGUUCUGACUCAAGCUCCAGCUCUGGCUCCGACUCCGAUUCUGAUGCUACUUCUGACACAAGCUCGGACACAUCUUCUGACUCGGAUUCUGACACAGAGACCAAUACCAAAUCCAAGGUCUCGGGACGCACACUCAAGUCUCACAUCCCUAUUUCUCUUAUCUUCACAAAGUCCAACGAAUCUGCACUUCGUUUGUCACGACUACUCGCCCUGUUGGAUCCCUCCCUGGCAGACCACAUCGGUACACUCACGUCAACUACACCAACACACAUCCGUCGCAAGACUCUCCGGGCCUUCUCUACUGCCUCGUCUCCCAUUCGCCUCCUCAUCGCCUCCGACCUUGUCGCUCGUGGUAUCGAUCUCCCCAACCUUGACCAUGUGAUCAACUACGACCUACCGCCUAGUGUAGCAGGCUAUGUUCACCGAGUCGGUCGAACAGCUCGAGCUGGAAAGUCAGGAUGUGCAUGGACACUCGUUGGCGAUGAGGAAAGUGGUUGGUUCUGGGGCAAGAUUGCCAAGGGAACUGGAGUCAAGAGAGCUCAAAAGGUUGAGCGAACAAGGAUUGAGGAAAUCGAUGAAAAGAGAGUGGAGGGAUAUGAGGCUGCUUUGGAGAAGCUGGGCAAGGAAGCAGGAAGGUAA